AUUCUCUCAAACACUCUUUUACCUCGGCAAGUGGAGCUCCUGCAUGGAUGCCUGAAGUAAUUUCAAGCCCGUGACACUUCUCAAUUUUUCCCUCUAUUUCUUUCUUAGAAUUAGAGCUUAGGAUUUGGGAGCGAUGGUGACGGUCAGUGCAUCACGGCAGCCAGCCGACAGUUCCAACACGACAUCGACGUUGGACGCUGGAAUGCUUCAGUCGGCGCUAUGCCGGCCUCUCUCGACGGCGUUCAGGGAGGAGAGGGACACGUUCGGCCCCAUGAUGGUCCCGGCCGAUAAGUUGUGGGGGGCUCAAACACAGAGAUCGCUGCAGAAUUUUGAUAUUGGAGGUCAGAGAGAGCAAAUGCCAGAGCCAAUCAUUCGGGCAUUUGGCAUCCUUAAGAAAUGCGCCGCUAAGGUAAAUAUGGAAUACGGUCUUGAUCCAUCCAUUGGGAGAGCAAUUAUGCAAGCUGCCCAAGAGGUUGCUGAGGGAAAAUUGAAUGAUCAUUUCCCACUUGUCAUUUGGCAAACUGGCAGUGGCACUCAAAGCAAUAUGAAUGCCAAUGAGGUCAUUGCAAACAGGGCAGCUGAGAUUCUUGGUCAUAAACAUGGUGAAAAGUUUGUACAUCCAAAUGACCAUGUCAACAGGGCCCAAUCUUCAAAUGAUACAUUUCCUACUGUUAUGCACAUAGCUGCAGCUGUAGAAGUCAAUUCAAAGUUUAUACCAAACUUGAAACAGUUGCACAGCUCACUUCACUCCAAGUGUGUUGAGUUCAAAGAUAUCAUCAAGAUUGGGCGGACACAUACUCAGGAUGCAACUCCUUUAACUCUAGGCCAAGAGUUCAGUGGGUAUGCUACACAGGUCAAAUAUGCUAUUGAUCGAAUAACAGAUACUUUGCCUCGCAUGUAUCAGCUUGCACAAGGUGGCACCGCUGUCGGAACUGGGUUAAACUCAAAAAAGGGAUUUGAUGUUAAAAUUGCUGCUGCAGUAGCUGAGGAAACCAAUCUUCCAUUUGUCACGGCAGAGAACAAGUUUGAAGCAUUAGCAGCUCAUGAUGCUUUUGUUGAGACUAGUGGAGCCUUAAACACAAUUUCUGCUUCUCUUGUGAAGAUUGCAAAUGACAUACGACUUUUGGGAAGUGGUCCACGCUGCGGACUUGGUGAGCUUAUCCUACCUGAAAAUGAACCAGGAAGCAGCAUUAUGCCUGGGAAAGUUAAUCCUACCCAGUGUGAGGCUCUUACCAUGGUCUGUGCUCAGGUGAUGGGUAAUCAUGUUGCCAUUACAGUGGGUGGAUCAAAUGGUCAUUUUGAACUCAAUGUUUACAAGCCCUUGAUUGCUAGUGCUCUUCUUCGAUCUCUGAGGUUACUGGGGGAUGCAUGCUCAUCCUUUGAGAAGAACUGUGUCAGGGGAAUCAAAGCAAACAGUGAAAGGAUUUCCAAGUUGUUGCACGAGUCCCUGAUGCUUGUUACAUCUUUGAACCCUAAAAUUGGCUAUGAUAAGGCUGCUGCUGUUGCCAAGAAAGCUCACAAAGAAGGCAGUACACUGAAGGAAUCUGCAUUUAACCUGGGAGUCCUAACAGAACAAGAAUUUGAUGAACUUGUGGUACCAGAGAAAAUGAUUGGCCCUUCUGAUUAACAAUAUAUGGACAUUUUUGCACUCUUUCCUUGCUUCUGCACUCGGUUGCAGCCAGAUGUUGCAGCUUAAUAAAGAAGAAAUAACGUAUUCCCCAUCAAUGUGUAUAGCAAUUUGAGUUCUUCAUUUGACAUUCUUUCGGCUCAUAUAAGCUAUACACAAUAGCUUCACCAAUGCUUAUGAGGGAACUCAUUUACAUUUGUAUCGAUAAUCAAAGCUGUAAGAACUGAUUUGGAUGAUUGUAAUCAGCUGAGGAAUGAUAAGUUAUCCGCGGAGGUGAAAUUUGUUUUUUCGGGCUUUUUACCGAAGCAAAAUGUAACUUAAAUUUAACUUGCUUACUGGGUAUCAGUUGGU